AUGUCAAAUAUUCCUUUCCCACGUCUUCAACCCGCAGUAGAACAGGGACCAAAACAGAUUUUACCAGAUUUGAAUAUAAGAUUAAUCUGUCCAGAUUGCAAAAACCCUGUACCAAACAUCAUCGAGGAAUUUGCAAGUGGUGACCUUGUUUGUGGUGAUUGCGGCCUUGUUCUCGGGGACCGAAUUAUCGAUACUAGGUCCGAGUGGAGAACUUUUGCUAACGAUGAAGGAGACGAUCCCUCACGUGUUGGUGCCGCUGCUGAUCCACUUCUCGAUGGUUCGCAAUUAGACACAAUAAUUUCUAGAAGGGAUGGCGGAUCUGGAACCGCUAGAGAUCUUAACAAAGUUCAUGGCCGUGCAAAUGCAGUUAAGGGUUUAACCCGAUUGAUCGCUGACAUUGCUAAACAAUUGUAUAAGAGAGUCGAAGAGGAGAAACUUCUACGUGGUAAAAGUACGGAAUCGAUUAUUGCUGCUUGUAUAUUUAUCGCGUGUAGACAAGAAAAUGUACCACGCACUUUUAAGGAAAUUUGUGCCAUUACUCGAGUCCCUAAAAAAGAAAUCGGACGUUGCUUCAAGACUCUGAUCCGUACCUUUGAAACCAAUGUAACUACAAUGACAUCGGAAGAUUUGAUGUCACGUUUCUGUUCGAGGUUACAUCUCCGUAUGGAAAUACAAAAAGCCGCUCUUGACCUUACAAUAACAACGAAAUCGCUUGGUACCUUGGAAGGAAAAUCACCGGUAUCUGUAGCUGCAGCUUGUAUUUAUAUGGCAUCUUGUCUGUAUAAUCAGCCUCAAUCAACAAAAGAUGUUUCUCAAGUAACGGGUGUUUCCGAAGUAACCAUCAAGAAUUCAUAUAAACUGCUUUAUGCGGUUCGUGAAAAGUUACUUGGUGAUAAAAAAUAUGGUGUCACUAUGGUAGAUUAG